CCCCUGUAUGUGGCCCUGGCUCUUACGGAAAAAAACACAGGUUCCAGCAAUAAGGUAGUUCCAGAAAUGAUGCGGGUUGUAGUAAAUUCCCAAGCCAUGAUUCUUUUUCCAUGAAGGAAAUAUUGACCAAGCCGGAGGUUGAGCAGUGUUUGUCUGUGCAUACAUACACACAGAGAUCAGUCUCUGUAUACACUUGUACCUCUUGCUGCUUGAGGAUGUUGUGUGUAUGUGUGAUGUCAGAGGUCAAGAAGGCCACAGAGAAGAUGUGUGAGUCAGGGUGUGUCUUACAGUAAGCAGGAAAGUGAUAGAAAAAGGGCAAAGUAAACGACAGAGAUGGCGUGGGGCAUCAAGGGCGUGGAUCUUUCACUAUAAAAAGGACUGGAAAGUAGUUCUCUCAGACAAGUACAGAAAUUUACAGAAAACAUCAAAAACAGGAUUUUACAAAGACAUCACUGAAUACUGGCAAGAAUUAUAUGCCAAUGGCCAACCAUAAGGCUAUACUGAGUGAUAUAGACCUCCAGUGUUAUGAAAAUAACCAUGCUCACCGAACAGAGGAGAUGGACAGGGAGCGUCUGCUGGUGCGCAGAGGUCAGCCAUUCUCUGUGGUGCUGCAGUGUCCAGAGCAAACUCCACAACCCCCAGACCAACUGCUCAAUAUCAUACUACACCUGGGUAAAAAUAAAGAAGUGAUCCUGAAGGUGUCCGACUCAGAGCAGGAUCAUGAGAAAUGGUGGUUCAGCCGGCGUAAUGCUCAGGGUGAAGUGAUGCUGACCCUCCACAGUCCUGCUGAUGCUUCAAUAGGAUUGUACAGCAUGACUGUGCUUCUGCUGUCAGCCGAUGGUCAGAUUCUGGAGCAAACUGAGUCUCAGACCUUCCACCUGCUUUUCAAUCCGUGGUGCAAAGAGGACUCUGUGUACCUCCCGAGUGAGGAACGGCUGCAGGAGUACAUUUUAAAUGAAAAUGGGAUCUUGUAUCAGGGCUCCUGGGAUGAUAUCACCACCAUGCCCUGGAACUUCGGACAGUUUGAAAAAGACGUGGUGGAUAUUUGCUUUGAAGUGCUGGACAAUUCACCAGCAGCGCUGAGGAAUUCAGAGAUGGACCACAUCAACAGAGCAAGCCCGGUUUAUGUUAGCAGAACCAUUACUGCCAUGAUAAAUGCUAAUGAUGACCGGGGAGUUGUGGCUGGACGUUGGGAUGGAGAAUAUAGUGAUGGUGUGGCACCCACACGUUGGACUGGCAGUGUGCCCAUUCUAAGGCGCUGGAGUGAGGCUGGAGGACAAAUGGUGCGUUAUGGUCAGUGCUGGGUGUUCACAGGUGUGGCCUGCUCAGGUGAGAGAAUACAUUGGUUCUUGGCAAUCUCUAAACAAAUGAUUGUUUCCACAGAAGAUUUAAAGAUACUAAUGUGUCCUGUGUCUAACACGCUGUAUUCCCUUUCCACAGUCCUCCGCUGUCUCGGCAUUCCGACAAGAUGUAUAACCAACUACUCGUCUGCUCACGACACAGAUGCCAACAUCUCCGUGGAUUACUUGUUCAAUGACAAGCUUGAAAGUGUGUCUGAAGGAAGAAAAGACACAAUCUGGAAUUAUCACUGUUGGGUUGAGUGCUGGAUGAAGCGUGGGGAUCUUCCAGAAGAUUACGAUGGAUGGCAGGUGUUAGAUCCCACCCCUCAAGAAAGGAGUGAUGGAGUCUUCUGCUGUGGGCCUUGUCCUGUCCAUGCAGUCAAAGAGGGAGAGCUGGGGUUAAAGUAUGAUGCUCCAUUUGUGUUCUCUGAGGUGAACGCAGAUCUGGUCGUCUGGAUUGUUCAUCCCGAUGGGGAACGCUCCAAAGUGUCCCAAAACAGCAAGAUUGUAGGGCAGAACAUCAGCACCAAGAGUGUGUAUGGAGACUUCAGAGAGGACAUUACCGCCAACUACAAAUAUCCUGAAGGCUCCAUGAAGGAGCGAGAGGUUUUUAAAAAGGUAGAAAGGCAAGUGAAUCAGAAUGAUGAAGGCCCAGGACAGCUCGAGCUCUUCAUCAAGCACGCUCCAGCUAUCCACGGGACGGACUUUGACGUGAUCAUAGAGGUGUAUAAUGCUGCCACAGAAGACACAGAUGCCCAGCUCACGGUGACAUCAAAUGGAAUAACCUACAAUAGUAUCAACCGGGGAGAGUGCCAGAAAAAGACAACUACUGUCACAGUUCCAGCACGGAAAGCUCAUAAAGAAGUUUUACGACUUCAGUAUGAUAAUUAUGGACCAUGUGUGUCUGAACAUCACAUGAUAAGAGUCACAGCGCUCCUUCAACCCACUGAUCACAACAUUAUCAUCCUGCAAGAAGUCAACAUUCCCUUGAAAAUGCCAGUGCUCCGUAUCAACAUUAUUGGAAAAGCGAUUGUGUCACGUAAACUGACAGCACACAUCUCCUUCACCAAUCCCUUGCCUGUUAGUCUGCAAGGAGGCGUGUUUACCGUGGAGGGGGCAGGGCUAACGGACGCAAGGGAGAUAAAAACACAUAGCAAAAUUGACCCCGGUCAGGAAGUGAUGGUUAAAUUGUCUUUUAAGCCCACUCGUGAUGGCCUGAGGAAACUGCUCGUCGACUUUGACUCUGAUAGACUGAAAGGCGUUAAAGGAGAAGCCACUAUCAUUGUUCGGAAAAGAAAGAAAAAUAUUAAUGCUGUCCCAGAAAUCUAAAUAAGCAUUCACCUUUAAUAUCUAUACGUUGUUUGGUGUGUUGUAAAUUAUACUAUGAAGGCAACACUUGACGGGCUAACACUGAAAAAUAUGUUUGGUUUUGGUAUUUUUACAGAGUUGCAUUUUCUUAAUGUUUACCAUGUUGGCUUUGCAUACUUUCAUGCCAGCUUUGAUCAUAAUAAUAGAAAUAUUUGUAUAUUUACCCAGUCACAUAAAUGCAUGGUCACCUUUGCUUUAAAUGUUAACACAAAGCAAAUAUAUGAUCUAUGUAUUUUGCAAU